GUUGCGGCGGUUGGUUUGCCGUUGGGGCCGUGGGGCAGGAGAGGGCCCGGAGGUGCGGGUGGGCGCAGGGGUUGCGGGCUCGUCUCUGAGCUGCCUCGGGAGCUCUGCCUCCUUUGGCAGGGCCGCCUCCCUUCCCCGGGUUUUUCCGUGGGGCUGUGGCCGUUCCCAGCGAGGCCUACACGGCGCCCUAGCUCGUGUUUCUGCCGGGCACCCCCCACAUACUACGCCAGCCACCGGUAGUCGCAGGUGGCCCGGCUGAGUCCCGGCUCGACGCUUCUGUGCCUUGCCCGCGGUGAGCUCGGCCCCUCCGUAGGGCUGCCAUGAGCGCGACGGACUGCUCUCCGGGGGUCUCCUCUUGCUCCAGAAGGCUGGCAACCCCUCAUGUAUCAUCCAGACAUCCCAGUUCUCCAUCUCCAAAUCAGAAGGACUUUACUCCUCUCCCCUCGAUCAAUGAGCGCUUGGCCUUCCUCCAUCCCUCCCGGGAGCUGCUGGAAUACUACCGCAAGAAGAUUGCUGACUUUGAUGAGGAAUAUGAAGGUUUGGUAAAAAGGCUGGAGAGAUACAAAGAAACAUACGAUGAGCAGCACAAAUUGCAAUGGGAAGUACAUCAGCGAGAAGAGGAGAUUGCAGAGUUGCAAAAGGCUUUGAGUGAUCUGCAAGUCUACCUCUUCCAGGAGAGGGAACAUGUCCUUCGUCUCUAUGCAGAGAAUGACCGGCUGAAAAUCAGGGAACUGGAGGAUAGAAAAAAAAUUCAACGUCUCCUGGCUUUAGUAGGAACAGACAAAGGAGAAGUUACAUAUUUUCACAAGGAGCCUCCACAUAAGGUUACCAUUCGGCAGAGGCCACCUAAAUCCAGAGAGUCACGUGAACGGAAUGAUACUCCUAGAACAGGCACCAAGAGGAGCACUUCAAAACAAGCAGCAAUAGAAGAGAAAACAGGAAGUCCUGGGAGAUACCAGAGAGAUAAUCAGACACUUCUGCUUCAGGUGGAGGCCCUACAAGCUCAGCUAGAAGAACAGACACGGUUAUCCAAGGAACAGGCUGAGGUACUGCUAGAUGACAGGCGGAUUCGCAUGGAGGAAGCCCAGGUCCAGCAUCAGAGGGACCAGGACAAGAUCAAAACUCUAUCAGAUAAACUCCAUAAGACCCAAAAUCUCCUAUAUGAGAGUACUCGUGAACUUCUCCAGCUCAAGUUUGAUGCCCAAGCCAAAGAGAAAGCAUGGAUGGCAGAGAAGGACAGCCUGUUGAGGAAACUUGAGGAAGAUCUGGAUAGCAUCAGCAGGGAGCCAGGGAGAGAGAAGAAGCAGAGAGAUAGAAAGAAGAUGCUUCAAGCAGAUGAUGGAGGUUGGAAACUCCACAGCAAAGAAAUUAAGGCUCUGCAAGAUCGGCUAAUGCAGGAACAGCGCCUAUCCAACAUGUAUAGAGAGCAGUGUAUUAGCCUGGAAAGUGAGCUGGCUAGAGUUCGUGAGGAGAGAGAUGUUGGCAAAGAACUCUUUAAGAAACGCGCAGAAAAGCUGGGGAAGCGCCUAAAGCUGAUGACUCAGCGAUAUGAGGCCUUGGAAAAACGGCGUAAUAUGGAAGUAGAAGGCUUCAAGAAUGAUGUUAAACAGCUUCAGCAGAAGCUGAAAGAUGUAGAGAACCAGCUGUUUAAGGUUAUUCUGAAUAUUGGACCAGACCAGGAUCUUGCAAUUCUACAUGAGGUCCACCAAGGAAACAAACUAACCCGUAAAAUCCAAGGAGAACUAAAAAACUUAAAAGCAAAAAUCUAUGGCUUAGAGAAUGAACUACGAGUCUGCUGAAACUGAGGUAUUAGCAGGCAUCCUGGUUUUAGGAAUGAAACAUUGCUAGGCUGGACUAGUCAUGUGAGAGCAGUUCCUGCCUCUCUCUUUCUUGGCAUCCAGUGACAGCAGGUUUGAGGAAAUCUGCAGUUAAAGUCCUAACACUGCCCAUGAGCCAGUUCUAAUGUGCCAGAUUACAUUGCUGUUUCAGCUGAGAGAUGGCACCUGGUAAGCCUGACACAGAGAGCACAUGAUGACUGGUAUAUCAGGAAUAUGCUUAUGACUUCAUCUCACCUUCCUAUCUGUGGCAGGGGUCAGUGUGUUCAAGAUCCAAAUUGCUUGACUGACCUUUUCGUAUG